UUACAGGAUGUCAAUAUGAAAUGUCGAUUAAUACAUUUUGUAUAUGAAUAUUGAUCAUGAAGGAGACAUGUUCGAACAGAUGACGCACAUGCAACACAACGAAGAUUUAAAAUAUUAGAAAAACAACAUCUGUCAAAAAUCAGUAUUGAACAUCAAGUCCUUUUAGAUUCGAAGAGACGACGUCGUUCAAAAACGCCAUCAUUAUAGCCAGAGGUUUGCUUUCAUACAUUGGGGACCAUGCUGAACUUUUGUUAUAUUCUUGUUGUUGCCUGCAGCCUAUACCAUGUAUCGAGUGCUGGAAAACUCACUCGGCAAUGUAAGGAAUCGAAAGGAAAAUGCGGAGUAACCACAGAUGUAAGUUGUAAUAGGAUGUUUGGUCCUGGAUGGGUAGAACACGGCAAAUGCUGUAAUUCAAGACCGUGUUGUGUCGAAUCUAAAUGUGAAGACAUUCCAAAUAUUCCAAACGGGAAAGUGACAAAAACUGGUACAUCUAUUGGUUCUACCGCAACUUUUUCAUGUUUCAUUGGGUAUAAGUUACGUGGGAACCAGCCAAUCACGUGCACUGAAGAUGGAUGGAGUGACUAUCCUCCAAUUUGUUAUGCUUAUCCAGAUAGUAUUGUUCACUUUAAAGGAUCAACGUACAAAUUUCACUACAGAAAUUUAGAAUGGCUUCAAGCAGAGAUUCAUUGUAAAGGGCAAGGUGGCAAUCUGACAAGUAUUGAAACUGAGGACGAAAACAAUUAUCUAAAAUAUGUAGCUAAUUUGAUACCAGGUUUUUGGUGGAUAGGCCUAUCGGAUAUAAAGACUGAAGGAUCAUUUCAGUGGACUUUGAGUCAACAACUAAAAUUUACUGAUUGGUAUCAAGGUCCACCCAUACAACCAGAUGAUGAAGAUGAUUCUGGUGGUUCUAAUGCGGACUGUGUUCUAUUGAAUCCAUAUAAAUCAUAUCAAUGGUCUGAUGAAAUAUGCCGCAUAGGUGCAUUAGCAAUUUGUGAAUUUUGAUACCAGUAGAAGUCAUUGAUACGGAACAAUACAAUCAGCAUUUUAGAGCAUUUACUUGGUCAUUGUGCUAAGAGUUAAUUAAACAAUUCGCAAAGACUAUGUCGUAUAACUUUAUAUAUAUUGCCUACCAAUUGUAGCUACAGUCCUAUACCUUCUGACAACAAUUCGUCUUCGGAACAUUGACAAUGAUUUAUAGUUUGAGUUAUUUUUUUCAUUGUUCUUAUAUUAUAUCUUGAUUAAAUUAAAACGCCAUGGAAAUGUAACAAUAAUAAAAUAAUUAUAUUGUUACAAUGGAGACUAAUUGCGAGAAUUAUUUGUUAAGAUAGGAACUGAUUAAUUACGAGUUUAACAAUAAUAUGAGUCAGGCAUUACCUGUGAAUGGGGACACAGUCUAUUUGAAUAUUUUUUUUGUAACUUACAUAUUUGUUUAAAAAAAAAAAGACACGGAAAUACCGUAACAUUUCCGAUUUUGGUUCUGUUGUUUGGGAUUUUAUUUGUGACGUUAUUUAAGUUAUGACGUCAUGUUCAAUGUAAAUAAAGAAACGCAUAUCCACCAGGUAACGUUAAUUCAAAUCAAAGACAAAGAAUUAUUAAAAAUGAAAUAUUGGUAUCGUGAUCCUUGAGUUCAUAUAUUUUACUAACCUGCUCAAAUUGUCACGAAACAACAAGACCGGAAAAGAAAGUUUAUUUUUGCGCUCUGCGCAAACUGGAAAUAAAAAAUUGCGACAUAAAAAUAUUUGAACGAUUUUGAGUUCAUUAGUACAAUGAACAAUUCGGGAAUUUGUUAUACUGUUUUUGAGGACUUCGUCCCCAUAAUAAAUGAGUCUACGGCUACCUUGCGUUAUUGUUACAUUAAUGCAAAAUAAAACUUGAAAACUUGUAUUUGAAUUUUGCGAUAUUGAAUACAAGUUUUAUGUUUUUAUUAACAAUGUCAGUUUUAACAAAUCCCGUAUGUUGUUAAUGAAAGCAUGAUUUGGUCAGACGCAUUUUAGUAAAACCACUCUAAGCAUCCAUCACUAGCAAGUGAUGCAAUAAUUUUUAUACGUAUGUAUUGCAUACUGUACAAUUCAAUAUUGCACUAUCCUUUCUAGAAGUUAAAGAAACUUUCAAUGUAUGUCAUGAUUCAUAUGAACAAAUCUUAUUUUAAUCUUGCGAUGUUUAUAUUAUAUUGUGAAGACAAUUCAUGUUUGUUCAUAUUUGCAGAAAUGUUAAAACUAGUGGAGUCCGACAAUUAUGUGAUCGUUAUGUCGGUCUUAUCGACAAUAACAUUAAGUAUCGCACGUAUAAGAUUUAAGUUUGAUAAAUCUAGGGUUCAUUGAAGUGCAUAAUUUAUAUGUAAUAUUACCGUAGACUCAAAUAUUAUUUGUCAGUCGUCAUUUAUAGCAUCUUUGUCAACCCUGUAUACCGACAAUAAGUCUCAAAUGAAUCAAUACUUGUAUUAGUAUUGUUAUAUUUCCAUGUCACCAUAGCCAGUGCCAUUAAAAAAGAAAGGGAGAUGGAGUUAACGUACAUACAUGUAUGACAAUAGUAAUACAUGGUAAAACCCAAAUAUUAAACGUUUUGAUUGAUGUCCUUCAUCUUCAAGUCACCAUGAAGAAUUCAACAAUGAUAAAUAUUUCUCAUAACUUGUAGUAAGUUCAAAUUGAUCCUCUGCAUGGAUUGAGCAGUAUUCAUGGUUAAAUAUUAUACAAUGAAAUUAAGAAUGGAGAUGGGGAGUGUGUCAACGAAACAACAACCCGGCCAUAGAAAAAACAAC